AUGAAAAGGGCAACAAAGUUCCCACCUUUCCGGUUGCUCUUCCGCUAUACGCACCGUAGAGAAUAGAAUUGGAAAAGGAGAGAGCGCCAUGGCCUCAAUUCCCUGCAAUUUCUAUUUCCAAAUCCCUUCUCCUUCUUCCUCUUCGGCAAGGCCGAGCUCUCCGUUUCUCGCCCUCACGAGGCGGCUCGGAUGGUUCAAGCCCUCUAAGAUGAGGUCCAAGGUGGGGCCGGAGACCAACGGCUCGCGAACUACCUGCUGGUUCCGAUUCGGUAACCGGGGUGUCGAUGCUGAGGGCGCCGGAAUCUAUGGAAGUCAGACGCGGGAUGAUUUCGAUCGGGACGAUGUUGAACAGUAUUUCAAUUAUAUGGGAAUGCUUGCUGUGGAAGGUUCAUAUGAUAAGAUGGAGUCACUUUUAAGCCAAAACAUUCAUCCGGUGGAUAUCUUGUUGAUGUUGGCUGCUUCUGAAGGUGACAAACCUAAAAUUGAGGAACUGUUGAGGGCAGGUGCAAAGUAUGAUGUCAAAGAUGCAGAUGGAAGGACCGCAUUGGAUAGAGCAGUCAGCGAGGAGAUCAAAGAAUUAAUCUCGGGCUAUCCUGUUAAAACGGCAUGAGCAAGGAUCUGCUCAAUCAUAAUUAUGUAAUUUUUUAUUUUUUAUUAUUGUUGGUCGGUAUUAGUCAUGUCAAACAUAAUGGAUCAGUAUUUUCUACAGUCGAUUACCAAGUAAGUAGUGGAUGUUUUCCCAAAGAUAA